GCUGCGACUGACUGGAGAGGGAGAACCCAACAUGAGCAGCACGGCAGAAAAGGGGGCAACGGAGAGCAGCAGCAGGGACGGGUUGAGGCUCAGGAACCAGGAACAGAACCGGGACCACGGACCAGAACCAGCCAACAUGUCGGAGUCCAUCAAGAGGAGAAACUCCAGCAAGCAGCUCCUGCAGAACCUCAUCAGGGUGACGGUGCAGCGGAGCCAGGAGGAUGCAGAGGAGGUGGAGCGGGAGCGGCGGAGGAGAGCCAGGGAGAAGCAGAAAGAAGAAGGGAUCCUCUCCUUCCCAGAGUCCCGGCAGCAGGACGGCACGCAGAGCACAGACUCUGCAGGUUUUGAGCCGUCUGCCGCUGGACAUUUUGUACCAACCAUGCAUCAAAUCGCUCCACCUAGAAGAUGUUUUGCUCCCACUUUGACUGCUGAUCCUGUAAAGUCCGAAGAGAAGCUGAAACCUUCCCGCUUUGUUCUGGAAGAAGACGAAGGUUUCAGUGACUGGAGUCACAGGUUGGAGAACCGUCAUGAGACGGAGGAGCAGGAAAACUGCAGGGCGAAGGAGCACAAACCAUCUGCAGCAUCAGAGUCUAAACAUGAGGAUGAGGAGGAGGGAAGAGGAGAAGAUAGAGGAAGGACCUCUGAGGAAGGUUCAACACGACUUUCAGAGAAGACAUCCAGCUCCCAAACUCCAGUCAGGACGUCGUACAGCUCCUCUGUCUUCCUGUCGCAGGACGCCAGGCAGCAUCACGCCGCAGGACAUCCUGCAGACCGGACGUCGUACCUGGCAGCAGGGACGAUGAGGACGAGAAACUUCGACCACAGUGGAGGAGCUCACCGGCUGGAAGUGGAUGAGGAGCAGAAGACGCGGGAGGAGGAGGAGGAGGAAGAUGAACAAGAGGUGAAAACAAUCCUGCAGAUGCAGCGACAGACUUCAGCUGACGAAGAAAUUCAGGAGGAGGAAGAAGAGCGAAGUUCCCCUGGUGAAAACAGGGAAGAAAUCCUCAUCAGGAAGCAGCAGACACACAGGCCAGCGGAGGAGGAAGAAUAUCACAAAAUGAAAGACGAGCGAUCAGAGGAGAGUGAGAGAAGGCGGGAUGCGGUGAGCGGCGGGCCGGCAGAGUCUCACCAUAACAACAGCGAAGGCGAGGAGUCGUUAAACUGCUACGGCCCCAUGAGUCCAACAUUCAAGAAACUCCUCAUACAAUUCUACCCAGACGAGGUGAACAGUCGAGUCUCACCGGAUGGAAAAUGUUCGAUAACAGAGAGGACUGAGUCUCUCAGAAGAAGCACCAGCAACAUAAAGAAGACAUCGCCACGGCUUUCUGUUUCUAAGAUUGAUAAGCGAUUGGAGGAAUACACACAUGCUCUUGAGCUCCAUAAUCUGCUUGCUUUUCUGAAGAUUUCCUCAAAGGAAGGAAGGUCGAGCUGUCAGGCGCUGACCGACCUCACGAGCCCCGCUGAACCGGUCGCAUCGAAGAAGAAUCUGUUUGAAGCCGGAGACGCCUGGAACCAAAACAUCGUCUCAGCCGCUGCAUCCAAGGACGCAGACGGUUUAAAAGUUGGCGUGGCCGAUCUGAUCAACCAGUGGGUAAAAGGAGGCGAAGACGGAAGCAGGAGCGGCUCACCGUCAAAACCAGCAGAAAAUUCUACCAAGAGGUAUAAAUAUGUGGUAACGGGUCACGGCAAGUAUGCAAAGGUUUCUGGUAACGGCUGCAGUGAAGAUGUAAGCUGCCAGGAAGCUGAACAUCUCUUUGAAGAUUUGUGAAACUCCUCUUUGGAAUAUUGGACGACAAGCCACUUCUCUUUUUGUUGGGCUAUAAUCUGGAAAAAUACCAAAAUCUUUCUUUUGCUUUGGGACUGAUAUCUUUCUGUACUUAUUGUAUCUUUGAAUACAAUCAAACAAAUCUGAAUAAAGUACUUUUUAGCGUUUA